AUGACUAAACUAUUUAUUGGAGUUGAUGGUGGAGGUACAAAGACAUUGACAGUGGUGAUUGAUGAACAAGGUAAUGAGUUGGGUAGACACCACUCUGGAGGAAGUAAUCAUCAUAGUGUAGGUGAAGAGUUGGCAAGAGAAGCUAUCUUUGAAGGUAUUAAAGAGACUGUAAAGAAGGCUGGAGGUUCACUAUCAGAUGUUGCACGUGUAUGUCUUGGUAUCAGUGGUAUCGAUAGACCCGAAGAUCAAGUACUGGUUGGUACUUGGAUGAACGAUAUCCUCCCAUCCGUCACAUACGAUGUUAGCAACGAUGCUGUCAUUGCCCUCGCAAGUGGUACAAUGGGAAAACUAUACGGUUGUGUCAUUAUCAGUGGUACUGGUUGUAUUGCAUAUGGUUUCAAUCGUCAAGGCAAAUCAACUAGAUCUGCUGGUUGGGGACCAUUGUUGGGAGAUGAAGGAGCAGGAUACCAAGUUGGAUUCGAUAUGUUGAAAGCAAUUGUCAGCGCAAAGGAUGAGACGAGACCAAAGACACUGAUGACUGACAAGGUAUUGACGCAAUUAUGUAUGAAGUCAGAGGAUGAACUGAUCACCUGGGCAUACGACCCCAAAAAUCAAGGUUGGCAAAAGUUUGCUCAACUUGCACCCAUCGCCACAGAGUGUGCUUUGGCCGGUGACGUUGCAGCUCAACAAGUAUUAGACAAAAAUGUUCAAGCUAUGGUUGAAUAUAUUCAAAGUGUAUUUGUCAAGCUUGGAUUGGACAAGGAAAGCGAAUCGGUUCCAUUAGUAUUGGCAGGAGGUAAUAUCGAGAGGGAGUGUUUGUACAGCAAUCAAUUGAAAGCAUCUAUUGCUAAAAUACUACCAAAUGCCAAACCAGUAUUCCCAAGUUGUGAUAGUGGAAAGGGUGCUGCUCUCCUUGCACUCGAAAAAUAUAAAUCUGCUUCUACUGCUGAAAAAUAA